AUGGACAUAGACUAUGCUAUUAGGAAAGACGAACCACCAGCACUCACUGAUACCAGCAAUGCAGCAGCCAUCGCACUUUAUGAGCGAUGGGAGCGAUCUAAUCGCCUCAGCAUGAUGUUCAUUAAGACUAGAAUUUCUGCUGGUAUUCGUGGUUCUGUCGAUCAGCAUGAAAAGGUCCGAGACUUGCUAAAGGCCAUUGAUGAACAAUUUGUCACUUCAGACAAGGCACUAGCAAAUACCCUAAUCAUGAAGUUCUCAUCCCUAAGACUCACCCGUGUGAAAGGUGUGCGUGAGCACAUAAUGCAAAUGAGGGACAAUGUGACUCAAUUGAAGAAACUCGAGGUUGAAAUGUCAGAGUCAUUCAUGGUGCACUACAUCUUGAACACCCUCCCGCAUCAAUAUGGACCGUUCAAAAUCUCAUACAACACACAUAAGGAUAAAUGGUCAAUUAAUGAACUCAUGACCAUAUGUGUUCAAGAGGAAGGAAGACUGAUGAUGGAAUAA